GAGUGUUUGACGUGCGUGCGUAGUUGGUCUCUCUCAUCGGCGGUGCUUUCCUUGUUACUUUUUUCUUGCGUUUUUUAUGUAUAUGUCUCUUCUUUUAUGCUGUUUAUUCAAAACUUUACAAAGAGCAUAAUUGAAGCGAGGCUGAAAAGACUGUUUUGUCGUCAGUACAAUUGUGUGUUUCGGUGUGAAUAAUUAAGUGAGAAUUUGCCUUAAACACAGAAAACGAAACAUUGAUAAAAAAAGCAAACAGUGCAGUUUUGUGUCUCAUUCUCUAUCGAAUUCACUCUGUGUGUGUAUAUUACGUUUUUUUUUCUCUUUCGUUUCGUUAUUUGUUCUUGUGCGUUUGAGUUUGUCAUUUCAAUUCACUGCGGAGGAAAGUUUAUUAUUUGUGAUUUUGAUUGUGUUUGAGUGUAUUUGUGGGAUUGGUAUUUUGAAUUUUGCGGAAAAUAUUUACAUCAAACAUGAUGAUACAUAGAUAUGAAUAAUAUUUAUUAUUGUUAUAUUGUGUAUUGAGGCGCUGAGAAAUGUGAUCUAUCUUCGGUAUUUUUCUGACACAUAGUGAGAGAAGAGGUUUCUUUUGCAGUGAAACAACAUUCGUUGUUUGGUAUUUAUUGUUGUUGUAGUUGUUGUUGGUACCGUUUGUUGCCGUCAUCGUUCUCAUCAUCAGUCAUUUGCAUUCACCCCGAGAGUGCCCAGACAAAGGAGGCCGAUUGGUGUGCGUGCGCGCACAAGUGACACAAAACGGCGUGUACUACAGUGGGAUACUAUAUAUAUAAUUUUCGAUAAACACAGCAACACAAGAUAUUUCUGAUUACACAACAAAUUUCAGUGUUAUUGAUGCGUUUGUUUUGUGUUAUGAACAAACAAAUUACUUUUAUGUCGCUCGCUCUCUCUCGCCCUCUCUUUCUGUCUAUGAAUAUUUAAAUUGAAAUCUAAUUUCCUUGCAAACAAUUAUGCUACUGUGUCGCAUCACAGUUGUGAAAGUUAUCCGAACUUAACUUAAAUGCGGCAGCAGCCUCAAUGACAAAUGACAUUCAGAAUGGUAUUACAGCCAUGGAAAAGUUUUUACAGCAAAAACUUAAUGGGAAUCGCUCAAUUCUUGCCGCUUUUGAUAAUCUUAACAGCCACUUUAUCGAUUCAGGUAACCGCAAUCAAACGAAACGUAAUCCACAGCCGAAAUUAUAUCACAAAGGAUUUCAUCGAGUCAUCACUUGAAACUAUCCAUGAAAUAGCCACCGAAAAAUUAGGAACAAAAUGUGCCUCAAAAGCAUUUCAUACACUUCAAGUUCCAUUGAACACAGCUCGAUAUGAGGGUACACGUCAAAAGGCCGACUUAGCUACGAUUAUUUUACAAGAUUUCGGUGUAUAUACCCAUGGUACGGGUUUGUGGGAUGCAAUUGCCAAAGGACUGCUGAACGAUGAAUUUAUAUCCUCGGCACGGGUGCUGGUAGUGAAUAUUACAAAUGGAGCUUUAAUCUCAUCGGUGUGGUGGAAUAAAAAUAUCGCCGGAUUAAGCGAACCAAAUCGAAUCAACGAAGCUGGCAUUCAAGUCGGUUUUGAACCAGACAAAGACUAUCCGUGGUACGAAAGUGAAAUCACAUCGUCCAGUCGGUCGCCAAAAUUCAUUCCGAGUCCGGAGAGCUCGGCAUAUCGAGGCUGGUGGACAUAUCCAUACUACUCGUGUAAACAGCAAUGCUGGCUGCUUUCGUACAGCAUUGCCAUUCCACCAAAACAUGGCAUGAAAGGUUUCCUCAGCAUUGAUAUCGAUGUUUCGGAGUUGCAGGUGAACCAGUGUAGUUCACCUCGUUCAAAGGAGCCUUUAUCAGCCAACAAAUAUUACACUGAAAUAUUCACUCAAAUUGAGAUUUUUCACGAUUCAAACAGAUGCCAUUCGCACAGCAUGUCGUGCGAGUAUCGGCCGCCGUACGGCCGGAAUACAGUAUGGAUCCGAGGCGCCUAUCAAUGUCUCUGUAAACCGGGAUUUUAUUCGGUGCGCCAUCGAGAUGGUUUUAAUGGAACUGUAAUGGAAGUGGCUUAUAAAGAAUUUCGAGACAAUAAAAGCACAUACUAUGAAGAUGUAUUCCGUUGCACACGAUGUGCUGAAGGUUGUGUGACUUGUUCAGAUGGAACACCUUGCCUUGCAUCAUACAAUUGGGCAUUUCGAAUAUCAUUACUUACCGUUUCGAUUAUGUGCGCCGUAUUCACCAUUGUUCUGUCGUGUUAUUUGUACCAUCAUCGGAAAGUUAAAGUUUUUAAAGUCGCCAGCCCGAUAUUUCUUACGAUAACCCUAGUGGGUUGUGCAAUCAUGUACUUGGAGAUGGCGGCAAUUUUUCCAUUCCUCGAUAUGACAUCAUGCACUGCAACCAAAUGGACGAGACAUAUGGGCUUUUGCAUUACUUACACCGCUCUCUUGAUGAAAACAUGGAGGGUCUCACUUACAUAUCGUGUUAAGUCUGCGCAUAAGGUUAAACUCACAGACAAACAGUUGCUUCAAUGGAUGGUUCCAAUUCUACUGGUUAUGCUCAUUUAUUUAGGAACAUGGACUUUAUCAGCGACACCAAACGCUGAAGUGAUUGUCGACUCGAAUGGUUUGAAGUUCAAGCAGUGCAUUUACAAUUGGUGGGAUCAUAGCCUUGCGAUAGGUGAAGUACUCUUUUUGGCAUGGGGCAUUCGUGUUUGUUACAACGUACGAAAUGCAGAGUCAUUAUACAACGAGGCUCGAAUGAUUUCAUAUGCAAUUUAUAAUAUCGCAUUAGUUAACAUUCUCAUGAUUGCUUUCCAUUUGAUAAUAUUUCCGCAAGCAGGUCCGGAUGUAAAAUACUUUUUGGGAUUUGUUCGAACUCAACUAUCGACGACAACAACGGUGGUUUUGGUAUUUGCUCCGAAAGUGUUGCGAGUUUUACGGGGUCAAGGCGACCAGUGGGAUCAUCGUGCCCGAGUACGAGGUAUUACAGCUUCAUUUUCACUGAACGGUAUUGGUUUAGUACCUGAAGACUCACCGGACUUAUAUCAAGAAAACGAAGAAUUGAAGGAGGAAAUACAAAAAUUGGCGGCUCAAAUCGAAUUUCAGAAAAUCGUAAAUAUGUCGACAAAUAAUAGACACAUCAAGCCAAAACCCGGAUCGUAUUUUUCAUCUGCAUCAUCGAUUCAAAGCCCAACGAGCAAAACAAUUGCAGCACAAACUCAAACGACGAAAUAUCCACGAGAGCAGGCCAGUGGAAUCAGUGAAGAUGGCCACAGUGGUCACAGCGGAACAAAUAGCGUAGGAAAAAAUUCAACCGGUUAAUUCGAAUGCGACGCAUUAAAAAUGCAUCUCAAAUUAGUUAAAUGUUACCGUAAUAAUGCGUAUAUUGUUCUUCGCUUCUUUUUACCAAAAAAAAAACUCCAUCGAAUUAUUUCAUCUAAAACAAAAUCAUCAUCUGCCAUCUUUGUAAGAGAAUCCAAUACGAAUUUGAUGAAAGUGGUCACUGUUGUUGGAAAGAUCUUAAUACGUAUGAGACACACAGACGCACAAACGAAGGAGAACGAACAGUCACACAUAAUCAAUUCGAUUCAAAUGGACAAAAUGUACGCAAAUACAAACAAACAAACGAUCCACCAAAAUCAAACGUAUUUAUCCAUGACAAAGUGUAGUAAAUUGAAAGUAUAAUUCAUUACGCCUUCCUAUUUUUCUAUGAACAUUGACUGAAACAAAACCAAAUAACAACCAUAUGUUUUGUAUGGUAAAUAAUAGUACGAUAAUAAAGAAAAACAAACAAACAAAAAUGUUCUAACUAUCUCAGCUCGUUUCAUGAAUAAACAUUCACACAUACUAUUUUGUUGAUCGAUUCAGAGCGGACAUAUAUGCUGAUGAGCAGAGAAAAAAAAAUUGGUGCAACAAAAAAAGCAAGAUUACACACUAGUUGUUGAUUUAUGUGGUUUUUAAAUUUUAUAUAUCAUUUAAGUUUUGAUAAAAAUGAAUGAAAUUGUUCAGGAAUGAUGGAGAGUGAGAAAAAAGAGAGAAGAAAUUUCAGUUUUAUUCCAACAGAAAUUACAGAAGAAUGUUAUUAAGCCACAAUAAAAAGUGUUAUCGUGCAGAAAUUUCAAGCUUUUGCUGAAGGAAAUGUUCUCGGGUUAAAACGAAAAUGGUUUCAAAUGUGAUCCAAAUGUUAACCCAUUAAAUGUUCAUCCUUUUUUUUCCUCUCAAGUAAAUCCCCAUGAGAUGUAGUUUGACGAAAGUAAAAUUAUACGAGUGCCGCCGCUAGAGUAGGAUUAUACUAAAGAAAUGGAAAAAAAAUAUAUGAUGGAAUGGAAUGGGAAAAGAAGAGGCAUGGAAAAGAAACCCUCUCAGAAUGUGAUUAGUUGAAAUCGUUGCUUAUAUUUUCGUCAAUCAGUUUUACUCCAAUUUAUCGAUAGAUCCCUCUUGUGCAAAAUAAGGUGAAAAAAAUAAUUAUUAUAGAUAGAAUUUUAUUGUGCGAUGACCCAUCGAAGAAAUGAAUGAAAAAAAAGGCGAACAAAAGUCAUGCGAUGAAAUAGAGAUGUCAAUUAAAAAAAAAUAUGUUAUUUCUUGAUUAGAGAUCAAAAUGCGUUUAUUUAAAAUUUUAAUUUUAAACACAAAAAAAAACGAUAACAAAAAAGAGUUAUUACCUGAAUAUUAUUAUAAUUUAAAAGUGUCGUGAAAAACAUGAUAAAUAAAUUAAAGUGAAGUGAAGCAUCUUAUUUGUCAAAAUAAGUGAGUGCCAAAGAUCAAUCAAACAUCGCCAUAACCAUUUGAGUGAUUAAAUCCUCCACCAAAUAAUAACAAUUAUUCCCAAAUAUCAAACAGAAUUAUAAUAUAGUCAAAAUGGGAUAGAAGACAAGCAUACCAUUCGUUUAUUUUUUAAAUAUUUGAUCAUUUAGUGUUAUUAUGGAAUCGUAGAUAUUUUGUGUACCUGUGCAAAUAACAAAAAUAAAAAAGUAAACAAGUGUUUUCCGCCAAAGAGAAAUGAAAUUUAAAAUCGAAAACCGAAUUGAUACAAGUACUAUACACGGUGGUAUUCAUGCAAUUAAUUGUGUAGAAUUUAGUUUAUUGUGGUUUAAAUGGAUAAAAUUAAGUGUAUAAAUGUCAAAUAAAAAAAAAAAAACAGAAAAUAUAAUUACAAACAAAAAAAAAUAAAUAAGCGUUAUAUACAUAUAACAAAAACAAAUUGGUUAAGCUUGGAGGGAGAUGACAAAAAAAAUAAUAAGAAGCAGAUGAAUCAACUAAAUAACUGUAAUAUUUUAUCAAUGUGAUUUAUAUUUAUGUUAUAAAUUUGUAAAAUCAGGGUUUAUAAGUUAUAGUUUUGUUAAAUUCUUGUAUGUAACAUUUCGUCUGUGUACAAAUAUACAAACAAAAAAAGAAUUCAAAAUAUUUUUCCUUUUUUCUCAAACUUCUUGCACAUGCACACAACCGCACAUGCACACAAAAUAAAACCCAUUUGCAAAUGUCUGUUUAAAAAUGUCCACAUUU